GAAGAGGAGGAGAAAAGAGCAGCUGAAGCUGCCUUGAAUCAGAAGAAGCAGAAAGAGAAGGAUAAGAAGCUUUUAAGGAAGGAGAGGAAUCGGUUACGUGCUCUUUCUUCAACUUUGGUCUCCAAAUCUCUGCUUAAUAUUUCCGAAGAAAAUGUCGAAAGCUUAUGCUUGUCUCUAGAGAUGGAUCAGAUUCGAAAUCUGUGCGAUAGCUUGGAGCGGAAGGAAGGAGUUGAAAGAGCUCAUUUGUUAAAUAGCGCAUUGAGUAAAGCGAAUGCCGAUGCCGCACAGCCAGAUCGAAAAUAUGAUCAAACUAAUGGCUCUUCAGUUCAUGAUGCUGGAGAAAUCAAGCCUGGAAGCAUAUUAUGCAGCGAGAAGAAGGAA